AUGGCUGGAUAUCCUGUUGCUGCUGUAGAGACGGAGGGAAAAGAAAAAACAACAACAAACAAACAAACAACCAACAACAACAACGACAACGACAACGACAACGACAACGACGGCGACGACGACGACGACGACAACGACAACGACAACGACAACGACAACGACAACGACAACAACAACAACAACAACAACAACAACAACAACAACAACAACAACAACAACAACAACAACAACAACAACAACAACAACAACAACAACAACAACAACAACAACAACAACAACCAGAAACAUAGUGUGGAUUAA